UGAGGAUGGGAUGGGGAUAGGAGGAGGAAGCAGCUCAGCUGUACUUCCUCAGCCCAGAGCACAUUUUGGCAAUGAUGUCAGAGCCCUUCCGAGAAGAGGAAUUGUUUCUGAGAAGCACCCAGCAGCCUCACCUACACUGGCAGCACUGCCAGCAUUCCAGUGCCACCAGCAGCAGCAGCCUCCCUCUGCUGCUGGAGGGACAGUGAUCACUCAGAGAAUAGAAACGAGGAAUGGUAGAAACUUGUCAGGAGAGGGAAGGCAGUUGGAGAAUGGUCCAUUCUGCAGGGAUGGAGUGUUUCUUAUCAGGAGAGAAAGAGGAGCCAAUCACAGAAAUCUUCAUUUAGAACGCCUGACAAAAGCCACUCCCUCUGAAGAAAAAAAAAAAAAAAAAAACACCCCCAAGACAAAUAACUCAGAGGAACUGAAUUUCUGAAGCAGGCAAAGUUGCAGUUUUUCACUCCCUCACUCCCCCAUGUGUCCAGCGAGCCUUGGGGAGCAACAGCAGGACAGGGCACAGAGAGAAGCAAGAGGGACGGGAGUGGGGAGCUCCUGGUGAUCUGGGCACUUUCUCCUUCAUGUCACUGACCUGGGAGGACUGGCUUUAGAACAUGGAUCCCAAAGGAGCAAGAGGUACCAGGAAGUGCCGCUGAUCUGCACAGACCCCUUUGCCUGUUGCUGCCCCACAGGGAACAGGGAGCUGCUGAAGAAGCUGUGUGGUCCAUCCCUGGAUUCUCCAAGCACUGACUCCCCAUCCACUCUGACCACAGCCCGGGUCACAUCCCACUGCCUGCCCAGCGUCCAUCCAUGGAGGUGACCACCAUGUCCCCAUCUUCCGCCUCACCCACUCAAGGAGAUGGUCUGUGUGAGGCAGAUGUCACCACCGUGGCCAUACACAGUGUGACACUGCUCAUCUGCCUCUGUGGGCUGGCUGGGAAUGGGGCUGUCCUCUGGCUCCUCAGCCUGAAAACUGGUAAUUAUCGCAUCUUUAACCUGGCUGUUGCUGACUUCCUCUUCCUUCUCUUCACAGUCCCCACCAGCCUUCUCUUCCUGGUGGAGGACGUGUCCUGCUCUCCUAUCUUGCCCCUGCUGUACCAGCAUUUCUUUUUCCAGCUCUCAGUGGUCUCCUACUACUGGGCAUUAUUCCAGCUGAUUCCCAUCAGCAAUGUGCUGUACAUGUACAAGCUCUGCAAGCUCUCCUGCCGCUGCAACCUUCCCGAGCGCCUCUGGUUGGUGGUCGGAAGUGUUCAAUACUGGGCAUUCUUUGCUCUCUUCACUGUCAUUCUCACGGUGACAUUCCUGUGCCCAUCACACGAGCAGGAGCAUUGCUGGGCAGCUCUUAUCUCUGUGUACACCAUCAUCCUGCUCCUCUUUGUUGCACCUGUGGCCAUUUCUUUCACAAUCGAUUUCAUUAAGGCCAAGUGGGGCUCCCAGCAGCAGCAACCCAAGAGGCGCGACAUCGUUAUCCACCUCACUGCGCUGUUAACUCUCCUCCUCAGCUUCUGCCAUUUCCUGCAGCAGCUCGGUUAUAUCACUGUGCCAUCCCAGUUUUUUUUCCUGCUCACCUGCAUCAACAGCAGCAUCAAACCUUUCAUUUACUUCGUGGUGGGGAGUUGGAGGACAGACAACUCCAUGGGGAGCUCCAGGGGGCAAUGCUCCAUGGUGAGCUGCUGGAGGCAAUGUAGAGUGGAAUCUCUCAGGGACUCGCUCCAGAGGGUCUUUGAGACACAGAAAGAAACAACAGCCCCCAGAAAUGAUGCCCCCAGGGAUACGGGGGUCUGAGCAUGCUGAUCCCUUCCACUGCUCUGCUGAACGACCCCAGGACAGUGGCUGAAGGUUUCCUUGAGUCACCUGAUAAAUCAAUACCCACGGGAUCACCCUCCCUGUGGUGGUGUAUUCCUGCAGGAGAAGGGAGCAGGAGCAUUGCCAAGGGCCAUGUGUGAGGGAUGCUCUGCAGGGAGCACACUGGAGCAUGGCUUUCCUCCUCCCUCCUGGAUCCACAUGGCUCCAAGCAGUGCAGCUGGGCUCAGUGCUCUUCCCCAGCUCUAUUCACCAUGGAAUGACCCUCAUGGCCUUGGCCCCAGGGAAUGAACUCCAUCUCCUUUGGCUCAGCAGAUGAGUUUCAUGGUGUCUUCAGGGACCUCUUGCCUGCAAAGAAGGGGACACCUUAAAGCCAUGGGGACACACCCAGCACGGGAUGGCAGUGAUUUCCCAAAUCCCUGCAGGGCUGCUUCCAUCUCGAUGGCAGGAGAGGGGUUGGGAUCACACAGAGCAUCCUUCCCCUUCUGUCCAGCAGAGUCAGCCCUGCAUUCCCAGCGGAUGGGAAGGGACACCAGGUAGGGCUGCAGAGCUGGGGAGGGACAGCAACAUUCCCUUAUCCUUUCAGUGGGAAUUUCUCACAUUCUUUAAUUCCAGAAUUAAAUCCUUCUGACUAAAGUGCAGGGUCAAUAGUGAACUCCACUGAACUCUUUUGGUGCCUGUGACCAAAAAGAGCUUGAAACAUGGAAAUUCCCAUCACCAGAUGCCUGGACCAUUUAAUGGCACAGAAAUCAGGGGGUUAUGCUGCUCUUCUGCAGAAUGGGGCCAUCCUCUGCUUCCGCAGCAUCAAUGUCCAAGGAAGGCCUUGACCACCUCCAUCCUGAACCUGGCCACCCUCAGGAGGAGCCAAACAGCGACCCUGCACAGCAGCUUCAGCCACAGUCCAGCCUGUACUGAUCUUUGGCAUUCUGUAACUAGCCCUAAAUCAGAUUUGGAUUUAUGUCUUUGGUUUGAUUCCAAUGGGGUACAACUGAUAGUAGUGUUAUGAAUAAAUCUAAGGUUUAACCCUUUGUUUAUAUGUUUAACCAUUUGUCUGUUUACU